GGCCGCUGGGAGCCGGCCGCCGUCGCUGGCUCGGUUUCCGGCGGGGGCCCGGGGCCCCUGGCUGCCACCGCCGGCCCCUCUCGCUUCUCACUGCGAACCCGACUCCUGACCUCGGUGGCGGCUCGUCUGUGGCGAGAGAGCGGGGGCCGGCCCGGCUCUGGCCUGACCUGCGAGGUGACCUUGGUCGAGUCCCCUGUCGAGCGGAGCCCGUCUGUGGCGCGGGCCUGCCGGGGACCCAGUUCUCCAACGGUUGAGGACACAAACCUAGAGCGGCCCCACAGGCUGCCCUGUGGCAGGGGAAGCGCCGGGCUGCCUGGGGGGAGCGGGGGAGCUCGGUCUGGGCGGCGGAGAUGCCCCUGCGUGUGAAAUGGCCGUUCCCCGCCGUGCCGCCGUUCACCUGGACUCUGGCCAGCAGCGUCGUCAUGGGCCUCGUGGGCACCUACAGCUGCUUCUGGACCAAGUACAUGAACCACCUCACCGUCCACAACAAGGAGGUGCUGUACGAGCUCAUCGAGAACCGAGGCCCAGCCACGCCCCUCAUCACUGUCUCCAAUCACCAGUCCUGCAUGGAUGACCCUCAUCUCUGGGGGAUCCUGAAACUCCGCCACAUCUGGAACCUGAAGUUGAUGCGUUGGACCCCCGCGGCUGCAGACAUCUGCUUCACCAAAGAGCUGCACUCCCGCUUUUUCAGCUUGGGCAAGUGUGUGCCCGUGUGCCGAGGAGAUGGCGUCUACCAGAAGGGGAUGGACUUCAUUUUGGAAAAGCUCAACCACGGGGACUGGGUGCACAUCUUCCCAGAAGGGAAAGUGAACAUGAGCUCUGAGUUCCUACGCUUUAAGUGGGGAAUCGGACGCCUCAUUGCCGAGUGUCAUCUCAACCCCGUCAUUCUGCCACUGUGGCAUGUCGGAAUGAAUGAUGUCCUUCCUAACAGCCCGCCCUACUUCCCCCGCUUUGGACAGAAAAUCACCGUGCUGAUCGGGAAGCCCUUCAGUGCUCUGCCUGUGCUCGAACGGCUCCGGGCGGAGAACAAGUCGGCUGUGAGUUGUCUUUCUCCCCCGCGCCACUCUUUUCCCCCCUUCCCUGGGCUACCCUGUAGCUGUCUUAGUCUUUCCCGGCACCCUCAGCCUCCCAGGGCCCCUGGGCCAAGCUCCCCAAGGGCUGCAGGCCAGCCCCAGUCCUUCCCCUCAGGUGGAGAUGCGCAAAGCUCUGACUGACUUCAUUCAGGAAGAAUUUCAGCGCCUGAAGAUCCAGGCGGAGCAGCUCCACAACCACCUGCAGCCCGGGAGAUAGGCGUCACCCCACCCAGAUCCUGCCCUCGCUUCCUCUUGGAAGGGGGCGGCUGGCCGCCAGGCCCAGGAAAGAGGCAGCUCCAACCCAAGCCCCAGGCGCCUGCUCUCAUUGCUGCCCUUGGGUUCUUGCCCGGCACAGCUGAACUGGGGGAUGGACUGACGUUUUGAGGUCAGAUACAUUUUUUUAGACAGAUUUGUGCAUAACCCCCAAUGGGUAUCCUGUCCUAGUUGGCGAGCAUUCCCUCUGCUCUGAGCCUCUUCAGUUGAAGGAAGGGUUUCAGCUGCUCCUCCCACUUGGCCACGAAAGGACGAAGAAAUUUUGGCAGGGGCCUCCUUCUUUUCUUGCCUUCAGGUGUUCUCUUCCAGGCCUGCCAUCAGGAUGGAGGGUACUUGAAGGGGGGCAGGUGGCCAGGCCAGAACUUUGGGUAGGGGUCUGUGAGCCCUUGGCCUGGCAUUCACCCACCUGCUCCCACCUGGGAGCUGCUCACCACCUCCUCAGGGAUGGCCAUCAGCCACCUCUUCCUUCUGCCCACACUUCCCACAGGCCUGGGGUCCUCAGGCAGGGCCCAACCCUGGGCUGCAAGCAGAAGAGCAGCCUUUUGCCACAAGUGGAACCCAGCUGAACGGAGCCUGCAGCAAGGGCCCGAGACCCUGUCACUUGCCCACGGGCCAGGGCUCACCAACUGCUCUGUCUUUUCCACCUCCCUGGCAUCACUUGAGUCCCAUGGGGCCUGGGUUUUCAUGUUUUGUAACCAGUAAAGCAUUUGUGUU